AAUGAAUAUUAAUCAAAUUGGGGAAUCAUCCAGAAUAAAGUCUUCUGCUUUUGAUAUAAGAGAAGUAUCCAUUUAAGGUCAAAAAUAUUUUGCCUAUUACAAGAAGAAUACGAUGAAUCAAGAAUUAGAUAAAUAUCUGGCUCUUGAUUUGGGCUUAAUCCAUAAUUGCAAGUUUCUCAGAAAAUACAAAAUGAGUGCAGACGGACAUAAUUACAAAGCCUUUGAAUAUGUGGGUGAAUACUAAAUAUUAAGAGAUCUCAUUAAACCCAAAGAAGAAACAAUAUUGAAAAUUGUUUCUGAUUUAGUAUCUGCUUUAAUGAUUUUACAUUCUAAUUCACUCCUUGGUAGAUGUUUCAAUAUUGAUAAUAUUAUUUUGAUUAAUGGAACAACCCCAAUAUUAAUGGAAUUUGGAUACUAUCCCAAAAUGGAUUACAAAGCGCCUGAAUAAGUAAUUAACACUCAAUUGAAUGAGAAGAUAGACGCAUUCUUGUUAGGUAGAGUGAUCUAUUAUCUAACUGUUGGUAAGGAGUUGCCAACUUACACUCUUACUAAUUUCAGGAAUAUGGAAGAUAUAAUUAAUCUUGCCAUUGCAGAAACAAACUACUCUUAAAAUUUAAAAUUAUUUAUAUAGGGACUACUUUAGAAAAAUAGAAAUUCAAGAAUAGAUUAUAUUAAAUUGGCUCAAAAGUUUGAAACUUCAAACAGUUCAAAAUUGUUGAACUUUUAUUAAAAUGAAUUUUAGAAAUGCAGUAUAAAAAUCAAUGAGCAAUUAUAAACAAGAUAAGAAUAUGAUGUUGAGAUUUAAGACAGCUAUUCAUUUGAUAUUAUCAAAAUUCGAAAUAUAGGACCUUAUGUUCCAUCAAAUUAAUAGCCUAAUAUUUCAGUAACUAAUAUACAUCCACCAGAUUCCCCAUCCUUUUCAAGCGAUGAAGACAAUCUCUCUCCUCCUAUUAUAAAGUCAUAGUACCCAAUAAAUUAUAGUUUUGAGGUGGAUUCAGAAGAAAUUAAUAGAGAGUUAUAAAAUAUUCUACCUUUUUAUAUUGAUUCUUUUGAUAAAUAAUCAAUCUGGAAUAAUAUAUUUUUUUCUUUAUAUCGUUUUGGUUUGGUGAAAAAAUUGAAUGAGAUGAUCCAAAAUUUUAAAAAAUUAAGUGAUGAUUUAACAUUAUGGAAGACCAGCUUUGCUUUAAGUAAAAUACAUAUAGUUCUACAACAAGAAUUUGUUAAUAACUUAAAUUAGGACAAGAAUAUAUUUAGCAUAAGCUAAGACGAUUGGGUUGAGUUUAUUACCAAGAAUAAAGACUAUAAAAAAAUGAAACACAAAUUACAACAUGAGUUGUAAUAGGAACAGAAACUCUUCAUUGGUUUGACAUUCUCUUAAUUAUACAAAGGAUAUUCGAUAUUUAGAUAAAACCCACCAUAAAAUGAUCAUUUUUUAAACAAUGUAAUUAUAAUACUAAAAUAAAUAGAAUUUGAAAUACGACACCUUUGAAGAAUAUAAAUUAGCAUAUAGAGGGAUUUUAAGUGAGUCUGUAGCAUUUUUUGAAAGAUGUUAGGGAAAAGAAUGUUCUAUAAUUAAAUUAUUUCUUCUGUUAUGCCUGAAAAUAAACAAUAUAUGUGACGUAGACACAAUUUAAGAAAAUUUUUAAUAUGUAGCACAGGUCUUAAAAAUAUCAUAAGUUAGUUCUAUUAAAGAAAUAGAAUAUUUUUUCAAAAAUAAAAGUGAACCUCAUUUUGAUGAAUUUUAUAACAUAAUAAAAAGUAAAUUCUUUGCUCAAAAUCAAUAAUGA